GAUCCAAAGCUUUCAAAUAUAUAAAAGGUAUGUAGAUGACACCUUUAUUAUUUGUAAUAUUGAUUGUAACCUGAAUAAUAUAUUAAGUGUAUUUAAUGAGUGCCAUCCUGCGAUAAAAUUCACACUCGAAAUGGAGAACGAGUCUAGCAUUCAUUUCCUCGAUGUGAACUUAUCAAGAAGGACCGAUGGAACUCUGAAGAGAUCGAUUUAUCGUAAGCUGUUAUGGAAUGGUCAACUGACAAAUUUCUAUAGCUGGGUACCUAUUGGUCGAAAACGAAACCUGGUCCGGUCGCUUGCCACUCGUAUUCGGCGCAUAUGUAGCACUGAUACUGUGGAAGAUGAGUUAUACACUUUGAGGAAAAUCCUAAUGGAAAAUGGAUUUCCACCACGUUUUAUAGAUAAGAAUAUACAUUCAAAGCCUACAAAACGUGACUUAUCAACCGCUCCCAAGAAAAUACUUUACAUGAGCUUAGAAUUCAAAGGGGACUUAGCUUCCGAUAUCAUGAAACGAAGGAUAUCACAGUCCCUGAAAAGAACAUUCCCUGCUGCCUCUCUGAGAAUAGCUUUUACUAGCCGACCAUUAUUGUUCAAUAACCUGAAGGACAAGAUCCCAAUGUUGACCAACUCUAUGUGCGUUUAUCAAUUCACCUGCUCUUGUGGAGCUAGGUAUAUCGGUCGUUCGACUCGAGUUUUGUCCAAGAGGGUGCAAGAACAUUAUCCUGCAUGGCUACGAAAAGGUGGAAGUGGAGCAAUAAGAAGCGCGAUCAUAGAACAUCUGGUCGAAAAUGAUCACCCUAUCUCUAUAGCCUCCGCCUUUAAAGUCAUCUACAAGGCAAAGAGCAAUCUACCCAAAUCCCUACGUACCCGACUCAUCUGUAUUGCUGAAGCUUUGGCUAUCGAAACAGAAAAGCCAGAUCUCUGUGUACAGAAAAAGUUCGUUCAACCCCUCCAACUUUCAUGGUCUUAAUCCCUCUAUGCUAAAAUAUGGUAAUCCCCAAUCAUAUUUUAGCUCUACCAAUUUUUCAUUUUGUCUAUUCAAUUUGUAUACUCUUCCUUAUUAAGUCAAUUGUUAUUAUUAUUAUUCUCACUUUGAACUG